UGCUAUUCCCAUGUCUGAUAUCGAUUUCCCCCUCUGCGUUGCCUCCAACAGCAACACCAUUUACCUCGCUGCCUAUACACCAAAAAACUUUGAUAACACUGGCAGACCCUCGAUCCUUGCUCUAUAUUCGAGUCAGCAAUACCCAACUUCAUUGUCUUCGAUCCAAUGGAAAACCGAAGCUGCCUCAUACUUCAACCACUGGAUGUUCUCACAGGACCUGCCAGCAGACGGCGAGGGUUACUGGUGUGCUGUGGACGACACCGGAACGUUUGUCAUUUUCUCUGGCACCAAAGAGAAGACACAUAACCCCGCUUCUACCCCACCUCCGCAAGGAGCCAUCUUAGGCCUGAUGUAUGACAAACCUUCUAAACCCACCAACCCUCGUUCCGGAGGGCUUGCUGUUCCGGCAUACACCACUGUAUCGCCAAAAGGUACUUACCCUUGCGUUGAGCUUGGGUCGUGCAAUGCUCACUUGUAUGCUAUGCCAAGCACGGCACCAGGAGUGCCUUCAAACUUUGGCUUUGUUACGUACAAUUCAACGUCUGGAUUCUCAUUUGAGAUGCUUGAUCGAACAAGCAACAACUUUACCGGUCAAGUUGCCUCAGGCAUCCCUCCUGUUAGCAAUAUCUUUUCUUGGGACGCAUUUGGAUACACCAACAGUCGGCUUGUGGCGGUGUCAACCUCAAGUAAUGAAGCUCGAGUAGCUGAUCUGGAUGCACGAGGUCUACCAUCGGGAAGCACUAUCUCCAAUAGUUUAGAUAUAAGUGCAGCAAAUGAUUGUGGAUCGAUUGGCCGUGGCUUUUACACCAAUGUUAAUGGUCGCUCAUACUUUUCCUGCAAGUCACAAUCUAAACCAGCUUUGCGGCACAUUUUUUCAACGGACGGCCGUACUAUCACCAAGGUGAUCGAGGUCGCGGAACUGACAAACACUACACUCCGGGGUAUUGUUCCGGUCCCGGCACCAAACGGUGGUGCACCCAACUGGGCACUUGCCUACAGUGAUGACAAGGGCGGACUCUACAGCAUACAAUUGUCGGAAUUAGGAGACGGAAGCGAAUUGGGGGUCCGAAAGGCAGCAGCGAAUAAUCGUGCUGGUAUUAUUGGUGGCGUUGUUGGAGCUGUGGUUGUCGUGCUUGGCAUUGUCGGCUUUUUAUUCUGGCGUCGCAGACGACAGCAGGCAUCAAACAAAACUCAAACUCAAGAGGUGCCCCAGCCUUUUGCAACGGCUGGCAGUAAACCUGAUGCAUGGGUUGUAGGAAACAGUGCCCCACUUCCAGCCCUUCCGCAAGGCACCCAAGCCCCGAUUCAGCAACUCCAGUAUCAGCCUCAGGCAUAUACCCAGGCCUACCCUCAGGCCUACCCUCAGGCCUACCCACAGCAGCAGCAAUAG